AUGGGCUGGGUAGGAGUGGCAACACUUGUCGCAACCACUGCAUACUUUCUCUAUCGCUAUCCUCCUCGAACCUGGUCCUCUACUCCCACGGACUCCAAAGCCGACCCUCCCUCUGCCGAUAAAUCUGAAUCAAAAGACAUCCCCGCGGCUCCAUCCUUUGAAAUACAUACUAAAAUCCCACAAACCACUCCGAAAGCAAACAUACUCGAAGCUCCUCCAGCAGUACUCGCUAUCCCAACACUUAACCUUGAAUCCGACACCCACGUCGCCACUGAGCCCGCGAAACCUAGCAUGAAUGGUUCAACUCAGCAGAUAGCGUCAGUCGGUCGCAAUGAAACACAAGUCCAGCAACAGCCAUCUCUUGCUCCUUUCUCAAAGCCCACAAUGCCCGCAAAGACCUCAUCUCUGAUGCCCCCGCCUCCAGCCCCAGUCCCACGCCCUCGUCAAACCCCUCAACCAAACCGAACCCCCGGAGGCCUGGCGCCACCGCGUAUGAGCAGCUCCCCCCGCACACCACUGUCCCCCGCUGCAUCAGCACGCCUCGCUCCUAGCAAUACAGGCUUAAGCAGCAGCACCCUAGCGCCAACACCACUUUCUCUGAAGAAAUCCUCCUCAACCAAGCGAGUCAUCCUCGAACCAGGAUACUCGCCUCUUGACUGGGCUGCGCUUGCUGCAAAGCCGAACAACCAGCUUCGGGGGAAGGAUGUCCCGCCCGGAUACUUGAGGGUUACGCCUUCCAUGCUGAAAAUGCAGAAUGGGCGAAAGGGCCGUGAUGCGUGGACGUCGUACCUCGGGAAGGUGUAUAAUAUCACCCCAUAUGUGCCAUACCAUCCUGGUGGAAAGGGUGAGCUUUUACGGGGGGCAGGCAAGGACUCGGCUCAGUUGUUCCAGGAGGUUCAUCCUUGGGUGAACUGGGAUGGGAUCCUUAAUGAGUGUUUGAUUGGGAUUUUGGUUUCUGAGAAUGAUCCCCAGGCUGAGAAUGCUUUGGAUGAGAUGGAUUGA